AAAAUCAUCGCGUUUCCAUGCGAAGCAUUGUGACGAGUCUGUUGGUGCCCUUGGUGGCUGGAUCGUGUUUGCCCGAUGCCAUCUCACCUGAAAACCGAAAGAACUUGGUCAACCCCAAUGGCGAAACCUAUCCCGUUGGCCUCUUCGUCUCCUCGUAUGCAGCUUCAUAUGCGGCUCAAUACUUGGGAUCCAUUCUCAUUCAGGAAGUGCUCGGAUACAACACUACGCUUAACCUUGAUGAUUUGGGAAGCGGUGCAUUGUCGGGAUAUUACGGGUUAACGGGAUGCAGCACUUUCACCAACACUGACGACCGUGGGUGCAAGGAAGGCGUCACUACCUACUUUCACAUUACAUUUGAGAGUUGGUCCGGAUAUCAUCAUGAUUGGAAGUUCAUUCAAGACACCUACUCAUCCAUGGCGCCCAUCAACAGAGGCAACAUGGGAUACAUGGGCUUUAUUACCGCCUUCAUUCCCAAACUUGUUCAAGAGCAAGCGUACUCUACACAGGGCGUAGCGCUUGAGUUCUACCGAAAUUGGAACGUGUCUUGGAACCAGCCUUGGAACUUCUUCAGCGGCAUAUCAUCAGUUGAGAAGCGAAAUUUGAUGCCUUGCAACGCUUCCAUGAUGCAGGAUGACCCUGCCAUGAGGCGUCACGUACAGUUCACUGGGGACACAGAUGGGGUUGUCAUCGCCAAUGAGAAGUAUUCGGGACGAUGUGAUGACGGUUAUUGGUGGUUGCCGCCAGCUUGCAGGUCGAAUCCAUCCACUUGUGUUCCGUGGAUUACAGGAGGCACCGGUUGGUCAGUUGAAGAGUUCAUGCAGAAGUUCACCACCUGGAACAUGCCUGUUGCAGUUGGCGUUGCCGCAACCUGGGGCGACUACACGACCUUGCCACUUGCAGGCACCAUGGCCUUCUAUUGGUGGUCCCCAGACCCCACUUUCCUGGAACUUUCACCAUUGCGUGUGGAAUUUCCGGAAUUCAACAAACGCGAGCAUGACCAGGGCAUCCAAACAUCACAGCUCAACGCAAUUAGCAUCGACACCCUUGUCAGCCGUGAUCUUCCUGUGUUGGCUCCAAUGGUGGAUAGGUUUGCAGAUAAUUUGGAGAUCAGCCAGGCCCAAAUGGACGCACUUCUGUUGGAGCAGAAGAACACCGGAGAUUCCUGGGAGAAUGUGACCUGCAGAUGGGUCCUGGCGAAUCGUGCCACAUGGGAGAAGUGGAUCCCUGACCAAUCUGCGUGCUUUCCCGGCUUUGGUCUCUACGACACUGUGGUGAAAGACUUUGUGGAGAUGCGGGAGAACGCCACGAACCAGAUCACGUGCCAGGCUUGUCCACCUGGAACCUUCUCGCAGAAACUCGAAGACAGCAUUGGCACGGGCGAGACCUACAUCUGCGUACCCUGUGGCCUUGGAACUUCGCAGCCCUCAGGAGCUGCACUGAGCUGCACACCCUGCAAAGUAGGCGGAUAUCAGGAUGAAAAUCGCAGCACGGAGUGCAAGCGUUGCCCCUUCCGCACCUAUCAGGAUGAGGAAGGUCAAGUGGCGUGCAAAAGUUGCCCCGCCUCCACCAACACUUUGGGGUUGGGAUCCAUCGCACCAAGCGAUUGCGGCUGUUUGGAGGACCAAAUUGACAUGGACCGUUCAGACAACUUCGAGUGCGUCGCCUGCAUGGAGGGAAUGAAAUGCCCAGCUCUAUCCCAGUUGGUCGAUUUGGAGAACGGAACCAGCGCCAACGGAGAGUUAUUCACUCCGAUGAUCAUGGAGGGCUUCUACACCACGAAGGACUCUCCCACAGAGGUCUUCCGGUGCCGCAGCACGCGAACUUGCCCUGGUGGAACCCCUGGUACCUGUGGCGGUGGGCUGAUUGGUACUCCGUGCUCGCAAUGCCCAGCAGGUGCCACCUGGACUGGAAGUGUUUGUGAAGAUUGCGCAGGCUGGCGCCAAGCCCUUUGGGGCCUGGCAGUGUGCGGCGUUUUCGCAUUCUUGACCUUGGCCUACUACCUGACCUCAUCCAAGGUCACGGCAAAAGCUACUGUGCUUUUUGCAACAACGGCUUCCUUCGGCAUGUUGGUUAUGUCGAUGCAGAAUUUGGGGCUGGUUGGUACUAUGACUGUUGAGUGGCCAGAAGGACUCCAGGCGCUGUUCAGCUUUUGCCAGCUCUUUUUGCUGGACAUCGAUUCUUAUGGCUUCAGCUGCCUCGCGGGUCAGUCAGAACCAAUCCGCUACCUCCUGAGUGCCCUGAUCUUCCCCGUGGGUAUUGCAUGGUUGGCUUUGGGAUAUGGCUUGUCCCGAUUCUUCCCCGAGAAAUACCAUUGGGAAGGACCAAAGGUUUGCUCUACCAUGGGAGCUUUCCUUCAAGUUGGAUUCAGCACCAUGAGCGCUACCUCUUUGGCCCCGAUGAUGUGCUUCCAGCAUCCUAACGGUCUCCGAAGCAUUCUCAAGUAUCCCGGUGUCAUUUGUGGCUCCGCCGAUCACACUUCCAUGUUGGUCUUCGCUGGGAUUUUGUUGGUGGUAUUCGUGUUCGGCUUCGUGGCCUUGUGUGGAUUUGCUGUGUGGAAAGUGCCUUCAUGGAGUGCCAAGCGCCGCGAUCAUUUGGUUGCUUCAGUGCGCUUCCUGGUCUUCCGAUUCCGCUUGGAUUCGUGGUGGUUUGGAGUUCCACUCCUUGUUCGAGGGCCUUUGAUCAACUUGCCCGUGGUCUUGGCCACGGAUUACCCACCAAUCCAAGUGGUCUGCAUUGCGAUGAUUCUGACCACUACGAUGGUCAUGCAGAUGCUUGCCUGGCCUUGGAAGGUCCCUUUGCUGAACGUGACGGACUGCAUCAUCUCCUUCUGCAUUGUUUUGACCGUGACCACCUCCACUCUGUACCUCAACAAGAUUGAUUCUGCAAUGUAUGGUUUCGCCAGUGGAGUCAGCACAGCCAUGCUCAGUGGAAUUUUUGCUGCUAUCAGCAUCAUGGUCUGUAUGACUGUCAGUGCGCUCAUCUACCGCAGUGCUAUGGGCGGACAGAAGGAGCUGAAGAUGUUCACCCUGGGUAGCGUUCCGAAUCCCGAGGAACUUUCCAAGAAGGUCAAGGAAAUGGCGAUGGUGUUGGAGAAGAGCGAGACAGGGGACAUAGCAUCGAAGCUCGCAGCCUUGUCGGUCUUCGACACCCAGAAGAUCACCACCUGCGUCACUCUCUUGGCUACAGAGGUUGCGCCGCCGCUUGAAGAUGCACGAUCCUUCAAAUUCAACAAGCGCAUUGCGUCCUCUUCCUUCGACCCCGCCUUGAAGAGGAAGCCCCAAUCCCUGAGGCUCACAAGGGAGACGAAGAAGGCUGAGCAACCCGUCGAGAGCAACGAAAUCGUCGAAACCACGCCGGCGGAGCAGCAAGCGGAGAAUGUGAAGAAGAAUGAUGCCCAAAUGAGCACAUGGAUUUAAGCUCUGCCGCGCUGGGGCGGCUGCGCCAAAAUGUGUCUCUCAAGUGUCACUCUUUGGGUUGUAG